AUGACAGCUCACUCUCGGAGCUCCCAACGGAGCUCCUUCCUCCGGGUGCUCCGAGCGCUGCUCCGAGCGCUGCUCCUGGCGGCCGCCGGAGCUGCCUUCGUGGCGCCUGGCCGGCCAUGUGGAAGAGGCGGUGAAGGCCUCGGCAGUGAAGUGGCGAAGCAAAGAAGCCAAUUGGCGCCAAUUGGAAAGCCAGCAUUGGCGAAUAGAGAAAGUGACGCAUUUCGAAAGAGAAUGCAAAGUACACGAAGUACACGAAGCAAGCUCACUGCACUGCCUUUAUCGCCUCUCCUGCCUAGUCCUUCACAUGCGUUGGGACUCUUAGGCCCCUUCGGCUUUUUUGUGGCUGGUGGCAUUUGUUCAAGUCUGUCGCAUGUGAUUGCAACGCCCAUUGAUGUGGUGAAGACAUCGCAGCAGGCAGAAGAAGAGCGAAAUGAGAGAAAGGGGAUCAAGGGCAGCCGGGGAAUGCUUGCAAUGGCUUACAAGCUGGUGCAAUCGCAUGGGCCUCGCAGACUUCUCAGUGGAGCUGGAGCCACCUUUACUGGAUACUUCCUUCAUGGAGCUUUCAAAUAUGGACUUUUUGAGAUAUGGAAAUCCAUUUUUCAAAUCCACAAGGUUUCACUGGCCAUGCAUAUCCCAGUGCUUUGUUUGUGCGCUUUCCUGGCUGAGAUGCUGGCCACCAUCGUGCUUUGCCCUGCAGAGGCCGCAAGGAUCAUGCUCGUGGCAGAUCCAGAGUUCGUGAUGCCAGCUCGAGAGGCCUGGGAACGAUUCUGCAAGCAAUCAACGCGAGCUCCCAUGCAUGGGAUCCACAUGAUCUUGUCCAUGUUUGGACUGAAUACAUGGCUGGCUCUUCAGCAGCUAAAAAAUGAUCAAGGAGUUUGGAAUGGAUGGUUUGGAGCUUUGAUCCCUCUCUUAGCAAAGCAGUGCUCUUACACUGUUGCGAAGCUUGUCACCUACGAUGUGCUCUCAAGCACCUAUCAAUUUUGGCUAAACCCGCUACUUGCUCGUGUCCUUGCGGCAUUUUGUGCAGCCACCGCAGCAACCAUGGCAUCUCAGCCUGCUGACACUGUGUUCACUUGCAUUUCGGUGGCUGGUGGGAGUGGCACAUGCCCUUUGCCCUUGAACGAGGAAGACUUUUGGGAAGAUAAGCCGAUGAGUGUCUGGAAGCAGAUGCGAGACGCGGCAAGACGUCUUGGAUUCAUAGGCCUUUUCUCUGGUUGGCAAACCAGAAUCUUGCAAAUGACGAUCAUCGUCAUGGUGCAGCUUCUUCUUUACGACACAAUCCGACCAAAAUUUUGA